GUCCACUGGUAACUUCACCCGAUUUAAUGUAUAAGCGGAUAUUAUUUCUUCUUUUAAGAUUUGUCAAUCAGCCUGCAGAAGCAGUAAAUCCAGUAAUGCCAAAUUUAACUGCAAACUGUUUAGCUUUAUUUUGUAUGAUAUCACCCCUUAAUGUUUAA